AUGUUUAGUACAUUUGCUGAUGUAUUUGGUUCAGAUGAUAAUCAUACAAAUAAUCCAUUUGGUACAUCAACAACAUCAACAGUCGAUCCAUUUGGUAUAUCAACUGAUAAAAAUUUAACAACAUCAACAACUGAUGCAUUUGGUAUAUCAACUGAUAGAAAUUUAUCAACAUCAACAAUGGAUCCAUUUGGUAUCUCAACUGAUAUGAAAUUAUCUGCAUCUUCACAACGAUUUGAUGAUAGUCCAUUUAUAAUUGAAGCAUCAAAUGACGAAAAUAAUAAAUUUCGUAGUGGAAAAGAUGCAUUAUCAUCAACAAAUUGGAAUGCCUAUCAAAAUAAUGCCAAUGAACCAGCACCUUCAUUUGAUCCAUUUGAAAAUAUUCAAGAUAAAACAACAAAUUUAUCACUGAAUAACAAUAAUAUAACACAUUCAAAAAGUAUUAAUCUUAUUAAUCCAUUUUCAAUUCCAACAAUUCCAAAUGAUAUAUCAACUGUACCUGUACAAGCUACAGCAAUUGAUCUUUUAUAUGAUCUGAAUGUUGAUCCAAGUACAUUACCAGCAAAUAAUUCUGAUAAUUCACUAACACAUUCUGAUCAAGUACAAUCAUCAUAUGAUCUUCUUGGUCUUAAUAAGCAGCAAGCUAGUCCAGCACCAUCAGUUAAAGUAUUAAAAAGUGAUAGUUUAACUGAUAUACAAAAAUUAAAUCCAACAAAAAAUUCAUCACCAUCAACAUCUUUAUUAACGAAAUCAAAUAUUCCAACAGCAGCAUCAUAUCAUUCAUUACCAACAAAUGCUCCACCAACAUCACCAAGUACAUUACGUAUUCAAGCAACAGCAUUAACAAUUAUGACAGGUACAACAACAUCGACAGCACCCUAUGAUGAUCAAUUUCUUGAUUGGUUAACACAAUCCGAUGAUUUAAUGUGUGGUGUCGAUCCUAAUUUAAGUGGACAAUCAAAAAAAGCUGAUAUUAAUAUGUUAAAAAGUACAGAAGAUCUUUUAGGAAGUAUUUAUAAACAACAACAACAACCACAACCACCAACAACAUUAACAACAGUUCAAGAAGUUGCUCAAGAAUCAACUGUAUCUUCACCUAUAUCAAUUCCUAAACCAUCUAUACGUCGUCCAUCAAUUGAAGAUGUUCCAUCAAUUUGUAUUCAUGAACCAACAAGUGAUCAUAAUGAUAGCAAUAUUGUUCCCCAAGGAUAUUUUGAUAACAAGAAAAAAGCUAUGAAACAACAAAAUGAUAAUGAUUCCGAUGAUUCUGAUGAUUCAAAAAUGGUUUUUAAAAUAUCAGAAAAAAAACAUGAUACAUCUUUUAAUGACAUGAAUAUACCUGUUCCAUUAUUGCCACCACCACCAUCACCAUCAACAACGAAAAAAUAUAAAGAAGCAAGUGAUGAUGCAAGUUCAUCAUCAUCAGCUACAGACGAUGAAAAUGAUCCAUUAGCUAUGUUUCGUUCAAAACCUAUGAAAAAUAAAACGAAUGAAAAACAAAAUAAUAAUCUUAUAAGUGACUGGGAUGAACAACCAGCAACAGAUACAAAAAUUAAUCAAGAAGAAGUUAGGCAAGAAAAAGCUCGAGCACAAUCAGUGGAUUAUUAUUUACAUGAACCUGAUUUAGAUGAUAGUGCACCAUUAGAUGCAUAUCAUAGUGAUAUUAAUGAAAUUCAAUUACAACAAACAAAUGGAUGGUUAUUACAAAUUCGUGUACCAUUAAGACAAAAAGAUUUAUAUAAGAGUACAUUUCAAAGAUUUAGUGAAUCACGUAAUUGGCAAGAAGUUCAAGUUCGAAUAUCAUCUGACGAAAAAAAAUUACGUUUUUAUCUUCCUCAAACACCUGAACAAACAUUUGCUGAAAUUGAAUUACAAACAUGGUAUCAAUGUACUAAAUUAAGUCUUCAACAACAUGAUCAAUAUUCAAAAAUUCAUACAUUUAAAGUUUUUGAAGCUAGUUACAAAGAAAUUCCUCAAGUUCGUAUGGAUCGUCUUGUAACAUUACCAGAAAAAUUAUUAAGAAAAUUUACUCGACCAAAUAAAGCUCAACAAGUUUUACUUGAUCAUGCUAAUUGUGUUCAACAAGAAAUUGUUAAAUUUGGUCAAUUAAAUUAUACAUAUCUUAAACAAUUUUCAAUUAUAUUAGAUGAUUUAUUUUGGACAAUGCCUGUAACACGUAGUCGAUUACAAAAACAUUUAAAAGAAGAAGUUACAAUUAAAAUUUUAGAUGAAUAUUAUGCACAUAUUGAUAAAUAUCGUCAUAUAUGUAAACAUAAAUCUCGUACACGUGUAUUUAUUUUGGCAUUUUUAAAUGGUACUGAACCAGUUGUUGAAAUUGGUAUGAAUGAUUGGUUUCGUCAUGGUAAAGAAGUUAAUAAACGGAAUGAAAUUAUUAUUAAUAAAACAUUACAAGAAUAUUGGAUUAAACCAGAACAAGUUGAAUUAGCAACAAUUAUUGAUUCAAGCGAAUAUGAAAAUACACAUUUACUUAAAUUAAUACCACCGGAUAGUCAAAAAAUCGAAAUUAUGCGUUUUCGUACACGACCUAAACAAAAUGUUGAAUUACCAUUACAGGUUUAUUGUUUUAUGUCAUUAAUUGAACGACAAGUAAAUAUUCGAAUUGAAGUCAUUGUAUCGAAUGCAUUUAAUAUAAGUAUAUUAUCAAAAGCAUCAUCAAUGGCAACAAAUGAUAAAACAGCUAACAUACGUGAUGAUAACAGUGAUGAACAAUGUCCAUGUGAAAAUAUUCAAAUACGUUUUCCAAUACCUGAUGCAUGGGUUUAUAUGUUUCGAGUUGAAAAACGUUUUCGUUAUGGAGCCAUACAUAGUGUCCGUCGUAAAGCAGGAAAAAUUAAGGGUCUUGAUCGUUUUAUGCUUCAUCGUGGUGAUCCACUUGCAGCAAUGAUGGCAGCGUCAGUUGGUGUAGCAAAAUAUGAACAAGCAUUUCGUUGUAUUGUUUGGCGUAUUGAUCAAUUACCAAAACGUGAUCAAGGUGCUUAUAAAACACAUAUAUUCGAAUGUAAAUUAACAAUUCCAUCAUAUGAUCCAGUACCGGAAAAAUUUGAACCAAUAGCAGAAGUUGAAUAUGCAAUGUCACAAGCAUUUAUUUCGCAUUGUCAAAUUCGUUCAGUUGCUAUACCACAAGCUGAAGAAGCACCAGAAAAAUGGAUAAAACCAAAAAGUCAAUUUACUUAUACACUUGAUAUAGAAUAUGCAUUUAAAGAAGAAGAAAAGAAAGAAUUUGCACCAGUUGAAAUCGAUAUGAAAGAACAAUCAAUGUCUCAAAGUGAAACAGAAAAUAAUUCACAUUCGGAUGAAAGUGAUUAA